UUAAUCACAAUCCAAGUUUCUUCAACACCAUCCCGUUCCCUCCGCCACGGAAAUGGCUUUUUCUCCUUCCAAACGCCACCACCACCGCCAAUGCCACAGGAAAACCCUCUUCUUCUUCACUUUCUUAUCUCUCUUCUUCAUAUCAGAUGCAAAGCUAGCUCUCGACCAUUCAGACUCAAAAGCUUUUUCCGCCAUUGUUAAAGACCUUGGCAUCAAUGAUCAACGCUACAUUUCCACUAAUCCUUGUACUGCAGCCGGCGUUUUCUGUGAGCGGAGGAUCGCUGACAACGACACUUACGUUCUCAAAGUCACCAGACUUGUGUUCAUGUUCAAAGGGCUCGACGGAUUCUUGUCGCCUGAAAUCGGGAAGCUUACUGAGCUCAAAGAGCUGACUGUUUCUGACAACAAUGUUGUUGGCCAAAUCCCGACCCAAUUCGUUGAUUGUAAAAAACUCGAAGUUCUUGAUCUCAAGAACAAUAUGUUGAAUGGUGAAAUUCCUUCGAAUUUGUCUUCUUUGAUCCGUCUUCGAGUUCUCGAUCUGUCGUUCAAUAAGUUUACAGGCGACUUGAGUUUUUUGAAGCAAUUUCCCGACCUGGAAAGUCUUUCCCUCGCAAACAAUCAGUUUUCCGGGAAAAUCCCACCAUCGAUAUGUUCAUUUCGGAACCUUCUAUUCUUCGACUUCUCGGGAAACAGUUUCCUUGAAGGUUCUGCUCCAAUGACGAGCAAAGCUGAUGAACCAGCAGUUUCAAGAUAUCCCAAACGAUACAUGUUUGCUGAGAAAAACAAUAAUGGAAGUUCAGCUUCAGUUCCAUCACCUCAUGGAGGUAAAUCUGCAGCUGCUGAAGCUCCCGCUCUCGGUCCAUCAACAUCAAAUCAUCACAAACACAAAGGUCAUCGGAAACUAAGGAGAUGGGCUUUCGGGAUCCUCGCCGGAGGGCCAGUCGGGAUUUUAUCCGGGUUUGUCUUCUCGGUGAUGUUGAAGCUGUUCAUUGAAGCUGUUAGAGGGGGAGGCAAAGAUUCGGGUACAUCGAUAUUCAGUUCAUUGAUAAAGAAAGCUGAAGAUUUAGCAUUUCUGGAGAAAGACGAUGGCUUGGAUUCAUUGCAGGUCAUAGGCAGAGGAGGAUGUGGGGAAGUUUACAAAGCCGAAUUGCCAGGAAGUAAUGGAAAAAUGAUUGCUAUUAAGAAGAUCAUUCAGCCUCCAAAAGAUGCAGCUGAACUGACAGCACAAGAUAGCAACGUUCUGAACAAGAAAAUGCGUCAAAUCCGAUCGGAGAUCACCACUGUCGGUCGAAUUCGACAUCGGAAUCUCGUUUCUUUAUUAGCUCAUGUUAUUCGACCGGACUGUCAUUUACUAAUUUACGAGUUCUUGAAGAACGGAAGUUUACAAGAUGUUUUGCAUCAAGUUUCCCAAGGUACAAGGGAGCUCGAUUGGCCUGCUCGGCAAAAUAUCGCAUUAGGAGUUGCAGCAGGAGUCGAGUAUCUUCACAUGAACCAAAGACCCCGGAUUAUUCACCGAGAUUUGAAACCGGCAAACAUCCUUCUCGACGACGAUAUGGAAGGUAGAAUAGCAGAUUUCGGGCUCGCAAAAGCAAUGCCCGAUGCCAACACACAUGUAACCACCGCGAACUUGGCCGGAACCGUCGGAUAUAUAGCCCCGGAGUAUCACCAAACUCUCAAGUUCACCGAUAAGUGCGAUAUUUAUAGCUUCGGUGUUAUACUCGGUGUUCUGGUGAUAGGAAAGCUUCCAUCCGAUGAUUUCUUUCAACAAACUGACGAAGUGAGCCUGGUGAAAUGGAUGAGAAACAAACUGGUUUCGGGAAAUCCCAGCCAAGCCAUCGAUCCUAUACUCCUGGGAAAAGGGUACGAUGAACAAAUGAUUUUGGUCCUCAGAAUUGCUUACUUUUGCACUUUGGAUGAUCCCAAGGAGAGACCAAACAGUAAGGAUGUCAGAUGCAUGUUGUCUCAAAUCGACAGCCAGGCUCAGCAAGUCAAUGAUAAUGUCAGGCAAGAAGAAUAA